AUGACUGUCAGGCUAAUCUCUCUGAUGACGAUUGAAGGACUGCUUUUGACAGUGUCCUCUCUGAGUCUUCAUAUCGAGCCAGAAGAAGGUAGUCUUGCAGGGGGAACAUGGAUCACAGUCAUUUUUGAUGGUUUGCAGUUGGAUCUUCUCUAUCCCAGCAACGGCUCUCAGCUGGAGAUUAACCUGGUGAAUGUGAUGGUGCCUACGCUCCCAGUCGUACCCUGUGAUGUCUCCCCUGUCUUCUUAGGUUUACCUUUGGUGAUGUGCCGGACCAGAUCUCUGUUAUCUGAAGCGCAUGAGGGAUUACACUACCUGGAUGUGCACGCUGGGGGACAGGUGUUCAACAGCCUGAGCCAAGGGCCAUGUGACAGCUGCACUUUCAAGUUUUCCAAGGCACAGACACCCAUUAUUUAUCAAGUUAACCCACCAAGUGGAGUUCCAGGAAAACUAAUACAUGUAUAUGGCUGGAUUAUCACUGGAAGAUUGGAAACCUUUGAUUCUGAUGCUGAUUAUAUUGAUAGCCCAUUGACCUUGGAAGCUCAAGGAGAACAGUGGUUCACUCCUUGCUCUCUUGUCAAUAGGCAGACAGCAAAUCGCUAUUCUAUUCAGGAAGACCAUGGUGUUGGGACUUUGCAGUGCCGGGUGGAGGGCAACUACAUCGGUUCGCAGAAUGUUAGCUUCUCAGUAUUUAAUAAAGGAAAGUCAAUGGUACACAAGGAUGCAUGGAUGAUCAGUGCCAAGCAGGACCUUUUCCUGUACCAGACACACUCAGAAAUACUAUCUGUGUUUCCAGAAACUGGGAGCCUUGGGGGAAGAACAGACAUCACAAUUAGAGGAGACUUCUUUGACAACCCUGCCCAGGUGACCAUUGCAGGCAUUCCAUGUGAUGUCAGACAUGUGUCUCCCAGGAAGAUUGAAUGCACCUCUAGGUCUCCAGAAAAAGGUGCACGGCUCACUGCUCCUCAGGCAGGCAACCGUGGGCUUCUUUUUGAAGUGGGAGAUGCUACUGAAGGCUUGGACCUUUCUGAAGCCACCCCUGGGUACAGGUGGCAGAUUGUCCCUAAUGCUAGUUCUCCAUUUGGAUUUUGGUCAAAGGAAGGACAACCUUUCAGAGCACGGCUCAGUGGGUUCUUCGUGGCUCCAGAGACAAAUAAUUAUACUUUCUGGAUCCAAGCAGACAGCCAAGCUAGCCUGCAUUUCAGUUGGUCAGAGGAUCCGAAGACCAAGGUGGAAGUGGCUUCCAUCAGCACUGGAAUUGCUGACUGGUUUGACUCCUGGGAGGAGAAUGGGAAUGAAGGGACUUGGUACCGGAAGACCCUCAAGUUGGAGCUAUUAGGUGGGGCCAAGUACUACCUGGAAGCUGAACACCAUGGGAUAGCUCCCAGCAGGGGAAUGAGGAUUGGUGUCCAGAUCCAUAACACCUGGCUGAAUCCCGAUGUGGUCAGCACCUACCUCCAGGAGAAGCACCAGAUUCACGCCCAUGCCCAGAGCCUUCCUGAAAUACAGAUGCUGAACGUGUCUGGCAGAGGAAACUUUUUCCUUACUUGGGACAAUGUCUCUAGUCAGCCUAUUCCUGCAAAUGCCACAGCCCAUCAGAUUCAAACAGCCAUAGAGGAGUUACUUGCAGUGAAAUGUAAACUGGCACCACUUUCAGCUAACAUACUUCUUCGGCUUGGAUUUGAACAAGGUCCACAAGGCUCCAGCUCUGAUGGGGACCUUACAGGUGAGACAGAGCCCUUCUGCGGGAGAGUUAGCCUCCAUCAGCCUCGACACCUUGUCCUGACAGCCCCGGCUGGACAGAAGGGCUAUUGGCUGGACCAGUACACACAUCUGUGCUUUGCAUACAAAGGCUACAUGAAUGACAUCCUGAAGAUGACCUUGACCUUCACAAUGGCCUUUCAAAGCAUCGUAAAAAACAUCACCUGUGACUGGAGCCCCACAAAGACCAGGUCUGAGAGCUGGCUGUUCUCCUGCACUGACCUCUGGGAGACUUGUAUGCGUCCUUCUGGGUAUCUGCAGCCCCCUCCGGCAAACACCUCAGUGCUGAUUCAUCGGCUAGAGCUCCUUCCUCUGGUUCAGGAGAUGGGCUCGUUCUAUGUGGAUGAAAUCAUUAUCACAGACACAAACCUAACAGUUUCUCAAGUUGACUCUGGAACAGCUCGUCCAGGUGGGAAUCUGGUGGUCUCUGUCUCUGUGGCGGGAUCCCCUCCAGUCUACAAUGCAACGUUUUGGUCGGCAGGGUGUGGCACGGAGCUCCCGCUCAUCACUGUACGGUCCUUGCAGGCUGAAGGAACAGAAGAAGGCUCCGAACUGGUCCAGGUGACAACACAGAGACUACAGAGGACGAGUCCAGCGUUAGGAGGACACUUUCAGAUUCAGUUUUUUAAUACAGUGAUACCUGGUGUCCCUGUGCACAUUGCUGCUGGCCACCUUCGUAAGCUCUUACAGAACAGUGCUGACAACUUCUCAUCCAGGUACCUCAAUACCACUGACUUGAUGGUGAAUGAAGAUGUAAGCUCUUGCUAUGAACAUGUGUGGACGCUCUCCUGGUCCACCAAGGUUGGGGAUUUGCCCAUUUUCAUCAAGAUCACUGAUGAAAAUCUGACUGGAGUGAGCCCUGUUGUAACUACUCGGGUGCUAUAUGAUGGUGGCGUUUUUCUAGGACCCAUUUUUGGAGACAUGUUGGCCACUGCCAACCAGCACACACAGGUGGUUGUGCGAGUGAAUGAUAUACCAGCUCAUUGCUCUGGCUCUUGUUCAUUCCAGUAUCUCCAAGGCUCAACUCCCCAGGUCCAUUCUGUGUGGUAUUCUCUUGAUGAUGACAACAACCUCCUGGUUUAUCUUACUGGAACUGGUUUCUCUGGUGACUCCCAGGCCUUCCAGGUUAUGGUGAACAAAACAAGAUGUGGAGUUAUUUUCUCAAACCUAACACAUGUUGUCUGUCAGAUGAGCUCACUGUCAGUUGGAGUGCAUCGGAUCUCAAUGUUGGUGAGACCCUCUGGUCUUGCCAUCAAUGUCAGUGGACAAGGUCUUUUCUUACACGUGGAGCCUAGGCUGGAUUCUGUGGAACCUUCCAGAGCUGCAGAGAUUGGAGGACUCUGGGCCAUCAUCCGAGGUUCUGGUUUGGAAGGUGUUAGCCUGGUGUUAUUCGGGUCUAGGUCUUGUGCCAUUAAUGUCAGCACAAGCAAUUCACAAAGAAUACAAUGCAAAGUUCCACCCAGGGGUAAAGAUGAAUCCAUUGUGAAUGUGACUGUAAUCAGUGAGGACCAUUCUGCAGUUCUUUGUGCAGCAUUUACAUACGUCUCCUCGUUAAAUCCGGUCAUCAUGUCUCUGAGUAGGGACAGAAGCAACUUAGCAGGAGGUGAGACCCUCUUCAUUGGAAUGGCACGGCUGGAGAACUAUACAGAGUUGGAUGUGGAAGUCCUUAUCAGGGACACCGGGGCUCGACUUCAUGCACAGAUGGCUCAGGGCCUGGAGGUGGUACUGCCCGCCCUGCCUGCUGGCCUCCACAGAAUUUCAGUUUCCAUCAAUGGUGUCAGCAUUCACUCACAAGGGGUUGCUCUCCAAAUCCAAUACCUCACAGAAGUUUUCGGCAUAGAACCUUGCUGUGGAUCCCUUCUAGGUGGAACGAUGCUCAGCAUUUCAGGAGUAGGGUUCAGUCAGUACCCAGCCUCGGUUUGGGUACUAGUGGGCAAUCACUCAUGUGACGUUGUGAACUCAACGGAGGCAGACAUCUGGUGUGAGACUUCACCGGCCCCACUGCUGCCUGAUGCAGAUGUGCUCACCAUCCCAGCUCCAGUGCAGGUCUGGAUCGGCAAUGUGACCUCUCCCCACAGACCAUCACCAGACUCUGUAGACAAGGGCUUCACCUUCAUGUAUGAAGCAGCAACAACACCUGUGGUCACUGCCCUGAGAACAGAAAUCCUAAGCAGCAGCCUGCAGAUCUAUGUGGAAGGAAGUAACAUUUCCAACUCGGUGAUUCUUCUGGGGAGCUUGCGCUGUGAGCUAGAGGCACCAUCUUUCAGGAGCAACAUGAGCCUGUCUGGGUGCUCCUUUCCUCUUCACAGUUUGGAGGCGGGUGUCUAUCCUCUCCAAGUCCGUCAGAAGCAGAUGGGCUUUGCUAAUAUGUCUACGGUACCACAGCAAAUUGUGGUAGCACCUCAGAUAACAGCCAUCUUUCCAACACAAGGUUCUGCUUGUGGUGGGACAGUUCUCACUGUGAGGGGCUUGGCUCUCAGCUCUAGAAGAGGGUCAGUUCAAGUUGAUUUCUCAGGACCCUUUACAUGCACCAUCUUGAGCUUGAGUGACCAGAAAAUCAUCUGUCAGGUUAACCUUGUGGGUGACCCCUUGCCUGGAGCUUUCUUCACCUUGAAUGUUACAGUCCGAGUCAAGGGUCUAGCCAGCAAGUGUCAGGGCAACUGCACACUCUUUAUGCAGGAAGACACAACUCCCACCGUGGACACUUUGACCCCUCACAUCAGCGGGUCUCUGACCAUUGUGCAGAUUAAGGGGCAGCGGUUUGGCACCACAGCCAAUGAGUUGAUGGUGUUUGUGGAUGAUCAUAUUCCCUGUGGUGUGACUUUCUUUAAUGCAAGUCAGGUGGCAUGCCUGGUUAGUGACCUGACCCCAGGGCAGCACUACCUGUCAGUGUUGCAUAAGAGAAAUGGGUAUGCUUGUUUGAGAAAUAUUUCCAGACACUUCUACAUUUUUCCUCAAGUGUUUCAUUAUUUCCCUAAGACUUUCAGUUUACAUGGUGGGAGCCUCUUGACCCUGGAGGGCACCGCCCUAAGAGGACAGAAUACCACAUCAGUCUACAUUGGCCAACAGGCCUGCCUCUCGGUGAACAUCAGCGCUGAACUCAUCCAGUGCAUUGUCCCUGCAGGCAAUGGUUCUGUUGCCUUGGAAAUAGAGGCAGAUGGACAUCUGUACUACAUGGGAGUCAUUGCUUACAGCAAGGCCUUCACCCCAGAACUGCUCUCUAUUUCUCAGAUUGGUGGUAUCUUAACCCUUGUGGUAGCACAGAUCACAGAAGCUGGACAUGUUGACAUCUUUAUUGGGACGUCACCCUGUGUGGGUGUCUCUGGGAACCACACUGUUCUCCAGUGCAGUGGCCCCUCCCUUCCUGCAGGGGAGUACCAAGUCAGAGGUUACGACCACACCAGAGGAUGGGCUUCCUCUGCCCUGGUAUACACAUCGAGAGCUACUGUGUCUGCAGUGACAGAUAACUUUGGCUGCCUCGGAGGAAGGCUUGUGCAUGUGUUUGGAGCAGGAUUUUCUCCAGGGAACAUCUCAGCUACGGUGUGUGGUGUUCCCUGCCAAGUCUUGGAUAAUGCUACCGUGACUGCCUUCAGCUGUUUGGUUCUGCCACUGGACGUGUCCUUGGCUUUCCUGUGUGGUCUGAAGCCUCAGGAGAACUGUGAAACCUCUAGCCACACCUACGUGCAGUGCGAUUUGACUGUUGCUGUGGGGACACAGAGACUGCCCAAAUCAUGGCCUUACCUCUACAUUUGUGAAGACAGUUCUCAUAGCCUCUUUAAGCGAGAUCACUGGACUGAGCCACACUCGCCAUCAUUCUCAGGCCUCUUCAUCAGCCCUAAAGUGGAAAGAGAUGAAGUUCUCAUCUAUAAUAGCUCCUGUAACAUUACCAUGGAAACUGAGGCAGAGAUGGAGUGUGAGACGCCUAAUCAGCCAAUUACCGCCAAGAUUACUGAGAUAUGGAAAAGCCGGGGCCAGAACACUCAGGUCCAGUUUUCUUUUCAGUUCUGCCAGAGAUGGUCAAGGGCUCACAGCUGGUUUCCUGAAGGCAUACCACAAGAUGGCGACAACGUCACGGUGGAGAGUGGCCAGUGGCUUCUGCUUGACACCAACACGAGCAUCCUCAACUUACUGCACAUUAAAGGAGGCAAGCUGGUUUUCAUGAAUUCAGGACCAGUUGAGCUCAGGGCCCACUCCAUCCUUGUGUCUGAUGGUGGAGAGCUCCGGAUUGGAUCCAAGGACAAGCCUUUCCAAGGCAAAGCUCACAUCAAACUCUAUGGGAGUGUCCACUCUACCCACUUCUUUCCAUAUGGAGCAAAGUUCUUGGCUGUGAGAAAUGGAACUCUUUCCCUGCAUGGUCCACUACCAGAAGUAAUUGUCACCCAUCUUCGAGAAGCUGCCCACGCCUGUGACACUGUACUGGCUCUGGAAGAUGCUGUGGACUGGCAACCUGGGGAUGAAGUUGUCAUCAUCAGUGAUGUAGGUGCUGAAGAUGCCAAGCCUAGGGAUGAGAUUGUCAUUGUGGAGACUGUGCACAAUGCAGAUGUCCAUCUUCAGUCACCCUUGAGAUAUUCUCAUGACUUCACGGAGAGUUGGGUAGCUGGAAAGCAUCUUGUUUUCAAGACCACAGUGGCUUUACUCAGCAGGAAUAUUGUCAUUCAAGGAAAUCUUACUGAUGAGAUAAUGAGACAACUUGCUUCAUGCCAGGAGGCCAAGGUUUCAGAAGGAAAUUUACAGGACUGUUUGUAUUCCAAGAAUGAGAAGAUGCUGGGAUCCAAGGACAUGGGGGCCAAAGUCAUCAUCCAGUCCUCCCCAGAGAUGCCCAGCCAGGUCCAGCUGAGGGGAGUAGAGUUGCAGAAUUUGGGGCAAGCCUUUCAGAAACAUUUAACUUCACUGACUCUGGUGGGAGCUAUGAGAGAUUCUUACAUACAGAACUGUUCAGUGUGGAGCUCUUUCAGUAGAGGCCUCAGCAUGUCCAGGACUUCGGGCCUGAAAGUGGACAGUAACGUGUUUUACAAUAUUGUAGGUCAUGCACUGCUGUUGGACUGGUCAGAACAGGGGAAUAUAAUAAGAAACAAUGUGAUCAUCAGUGUUUCUGGUGCUGAAGGACUUUCUAAUCCUGAGGUGUUGACACCAUCUGGAAUCUACAUCCGUAAUCCCACCAAUAUUGUGGAGGGGAACAGGGUGUGUGCUGCUGGUUUGGGCUACUUUUUUCAUCUUGAGAACAGCAAAACAUCGCAAGCUCCACUUCUCUCCUUUACCCAGAACAUUGCACAUUCUUGUACAAGGUAUGGUCUUUUUGUAUAUCCUAAAUUUCAGCCAACAUGGGAUAAUGAUACUCCACCCACUAUGUUCCAAAACUUCACAGUUUGGGGCAGUGCAGGUGGUGCCCAGAUUUUUAGAAAUAGCAAUCUUCACCUAAAAAACUUCCAAGUUUAUUCAUGCAGAGAUUUUGGAAUUGACAUCUUGGAAAGUGAUGCAAAUACUUCAGUUACUGACAGCUUAUUAGUCGGUCAUUUUGCCCACAAGGGAAGCCUGUGUAUGUCUGCUGGAAUUAAAACUCCCAAAAGAUGGGAGCUGAUGAUCUCAAACACAACCUUUGCUAAUUUUGAUCUCACCAACUGUGUGGCCAUCAGGACCUGUUCUGGCUGUUCCCGAGGUCAGGGUGGAUUUACGGUGAAGGCCAAACAGUUAAGAUUUCUAAACUCUACAAGCUUGGUAGCAUUUCCAUUUCCUCAUGCAGCAGUUUUGGAAGAUUUGGAUGGGUCUCUGUCUGGGAAAAAUAGAAGCCACAUUCUUGCUUCUAUGGAAACUCUUCCAGCUUCUUGUUUGGUCAAUGCGAGCUUCAGUCAGAUGGUCCAUGGCAGUGUCUGCGGAGAUGACAUACUCUUUCAUCGUAUGUCUAUUGGCUUAGCUGAUGCUCCGGUUGUUUCUUAUGAUUUAAUUAUGACUGACAGCAGAAAUAAGACAACCACUGUCAACUAUGUACAUGACACAUUGUCAACCACACAUGGCUGGAUGGCUCUGCUCUUGGAUAAAGAGACCUACACAUUGCGAUUCGAGACCCCUUGGAUCAACAGAUCUCUGCAGUGCUCAGCUACAUUUGAUAACUUUGCUCCUGGGAAUCACCUCCUUCUGGUGCAUACAGACCUGCCUCCUUACCCUGACAUCCUCAUAAGGUGUGGGAGGCAGGUGGGCCGGUCUCUUUCUUCUCUUCCAACACCUGGUCAUGACCAAAGCUGUGACUGGUUCUUCAAUAGUCAUUUGAGACAACUCACCUAUCUGGUUUCAGGUGAAGGCCAAGUUCAAGUGACUCUCCAGGUGAAGGAUGGUGUGCCCCCAACUAUGUCAGCGUCUACCUCUGCACCAGAAUCAUCUUUAAAAUGGUCCCUCCCUGAAACCUGGCAAGGGGUUAAAGAGGACUGGGGAGGACACAACAACACCAUCCCAGGUCCUGGGGAUGAUGUCUUGAUUUUACCCAACAGGACUAUCCUUGUGGAUACCGAUCUUCCAAUUCUCAAAGGUCUCUAUGUGAUGGGGACUUUAGAAUUCCCUGUGGACAGAAGCAAUGUUCUGAGUGUAGCAUGCAUGGUCAUUGCAGGAGGGGAGCUGAAAGUUGGUACUAUAGACAAUCCAUUAAAGAAAGAACACAAGCUUCGGAUCCUCCUUCGGGCUUCAGAGGGAGUCUUCUGUGACCGUUUCAAUGAAAUUCACGUUGAUGCAGGAACUAUUGGGGUAUAUGGAAAAAUUCAACUUCACAGUGCUUAUCCAGAAAAAUCCUGGACACAUCUUGGAGCUGAUAUUGCCUCAGGAAAUGAGAGAAUUAUAGUAGAAGAUGCAGUGGAUUGGCGACCCCAUGACAAAAUCAUCCUAACCUCCUCCUCAUAUGAGCCUCAUGAAGCAGAGGUCCUCACUGUGAAAGAAGUCACAGGCCACCACAUUAGGAUCCAGGAACAUCUCAAACACCGGCACAUUGGAAGUGUCCAUGUUGUAGAAGAUGGCCAAUACAUUCAUUUGGCUGCUGAGGUUGGACUGUUGACACGGAACAUACAGAUCCAGUCGGAUACUUCAUGUAGAGGAAGAGUACUUGUAGGGUCCUUUCAGAUGCCAGGCAGAGAAGAAUUUUCAGGUGUCCUUCAACUUUUAAAUGUGGAAAUUCAGAACUUUGGGUCACCAGAGUCUUCAUCCAUUGAAUUCACUAAUGUAUCAGUGGGAUCCUGGAUAAGAUCUUCUACGGUACAUGAGAGCUGUAGUGGGGGCAUUCGUGCAACUGCCAGCCAUGGCAUCAUUUUGAAUGACAACUUGGUUUUUGGCACACCUGGCCAUGGCAUUGAUUUAGAAGGUCAGGCCCAUUCUCUCACUAGUAACCUUGUGAUUUUGACGAUGCAGUCAGUGUGGUCUACUGUUUGGGUGGCAGGAAUUAAGGUGAACCAGGCAAAGGACCUCAAUCUUCGUGGCAAUGUUGUGGCAGGUUCCGAGAGGCUUGGUUUUCACAUCCGAGGCCACAGGUGCUCCCUUACUGAAGUGCUUUGGUCUGAUAAUGUUGUCCAUUCAAGUCUUCAUGGCCUUCAUCUCUAUAAGGAAGAUGGACUGGACAACUGUACUAGAAUCUCGGGCUUCCUGGCUUUCAAGAACUUUGAUUAUGGCGCCAUGCUCCAUGUAGAGAAUAGUGUGGAGAUUGAGAAUAUCACUCUGGUAGAUAAUGCUAUUGGUCUUUUGGCAAUAGUGUAUGUGUCUUCGGCUUCACAGAGCUCCACUCAAAAUGUGCAGAUUGUGCUUAGGAAUUCACUCAUUGUAGCCACCAGUUCCUCUUUUGACUGCCUUCAAGACAAAGUCAAGCCUUACUCAGCCAACUUGACAUCAGCCGAUCGUGCUCCUUCCAAUCCAAGAGGGGGUCGAGUUGGUAUUUUGUGGCCUGGAUUCACCUCAGAACUAAACCAGUGGCCUCAGGAACCAUGGCACAGAGUGAAGAACUACCAGUCAGUUCCAGGAAUCAUGAAACUUCAAGGUGUGACCUUUUCUAGUUUUGUGAAGAGUUGCUAUAGUGAUGACAUAGAUGUCUGUAUUCUGGCAAAUGCAGAGAACACUGGAAUCAUGUACCCAAUAACAGCAGAGAGGACCAGGAUGUUAAACAUCAAAGAUAUAAACAAGUUCUACUUUUCUCCAUUACAACAUAGGAAAGACAUAGGAACAGCAGUCUGCCCUGAACUGGAUUGCGAAAGUCCAAGGAAAUAUCUCUUCAAGGAUCUGGAUGGGAGUGCCCUGGACCUUCCUCCACCAAUCUCUGUAUUUCCAAGAAUAGAGGCAGAAUGGACUGGAUCUUUUUUCAACACUGGUAUAUUUAGAGAAGAACAGAAAUGCACAUAUAGAUCACCAAUGCAAGGCUACAUCUGCAAACAGACUGACCAAGUGGUCCUAAUUCUGGACAAUGCUGAUGUCACUUGGCUGUUCAGGAAGUUAUAUCCAGUUGUAUCUGUGACUGGUGGUUUUGUGGAUACUUUUAGUAUUGCGAAUGCCCAUACUGUCUGUUCUACCUCAGGAUCUGUGUCUAUGUUUUAUUCUGUCUUACCCACCAGACAAAUCACCAAGGUCUGCUUUUUGGGUCAGACUCCUCCAGUUUUGCGUUUUUUUCUUUUGGGGAAUGAAAAUACCUCCAAGCUUCUAUUGGCUAUAUUCUACCCUGAACUCCAGAGACCCCAUGUUUUCAUAAGAAAAAGUUUCAUUCCACCUACUCUAGUUCAGUCAGCUUCUUCACUGUUGAACGAGUCUGUUGGUGCCAAUCACUUCAACAUUAUGGAUAACCUCUUGUAUGUUGUUUUGCAAGGAAAGGAGCCUAUUGAAAUACGCUCAGGCAUUUCCAUGCAUUUGGCUUUCACUGUUAAGUUUUCGGUCCUGGAAACACUGUAUAUGGGGAAAGGAUGGGACACCGUGAUCCUUCAAAGACUAAUGGACUUCUUACAGGUUGGUCAAGACCAAAUCCGAAUUCUUCAUGAGAUGCCUGGCAAUGAAGACACCAUAAGGGACAUUGCUGACAGCCGGACCAAAAGAAGACUCACUUGCCCAUCUGUAGUUUGUGCCAGUCAUUACAGAAGAGUUGUUCAACGUAAACCUCUCAUGAUAGACAUGAGUUCAUACAGGGUCUCACCACCAACCACUGUGGCAACUACCUCAAAAGUGAUGGUCAUUGAAAUUGGUGAUUUGCCACCAACAAGGAACACUGAACUGAUUCCAUCCCUAUCAAGUAACAAACUACAGAAUUUGGCUCUUCAGGUGAUUACUGCUCAACAGACCGGAACACUAGAAAAUAUCCUGAAUGUGACUAUUGGGGUUUUAAUGGUGACUCAGUCAGAGGGAGUCACUGACAAUGGCAAUACAAGCAGUUUCAAUACUGGGAACGUGCUAUACAUUCGGCCCUAUAUGCUUUCAGUCCUAGUCCAACCUUCUGAUGGAGAAGUAGGAAAAGAGCUUCACAUACAACCACAACUUGUUUUUCUUGAUGAGAAGAAUCGAAGAGUGCAGUCCUUGGGGGUCCCCAUGAAGCCUUGGACCAUUGCAGCUUCCUUGGAAGGGGCAUCAGACUCAGCAUUGAAAGGGUGUACCCUGGCAGAAACUCAAGAUGGUUAUGUGAAUUUCUCCAAUUUGACUGUCUUGAUCUCUGGAUCAAACUGGAACUUCAUUUUCACUGUCACUUCUCCUCCAGGCGUCAAGUUUACAGCACGAUCCAGGUCAUUUGCUGUCUUGCCUGUGAUUAAAUCCGAGAGGCUGACCAUCGUCCUGGCUGCUUCUCUGGGCUCUGCAGUCUCCUGGCUGGCUCUGUGCUGUCUAGUGUGCUGCUGGUUUAAGAAGAGCAAAAGCAGAAAAACAAAAACUGAAGCGAUUUCUGAAUCCCACAUUAACAAUCAAAAGAAUCGUAUUGACGUCUCAGCCAAAUGCCAAGGAUCACAAGUAGAGAGUGAAAAGAAAGACCCCAAGAUGAGACAAGAUCUGAGGAUGAAGGUCAUGCUGGGCAAGCUGAACCAGCUCCCCCACCAGCCACUGAAUGGAGUGUCCAGAAGAAAGUUUCACCACUGUGGUGUGCCCGAAGAGGGUAGCAGCGGAAAAGAAGCAACUGUGUCUGCUCCUAGUAUUACCAGCAUCACGUCCCACAGACACACCUGUCCUCCAGGCUUUCCUGUUCAGGUGUACCUGCAGGAGACUGACAAAUGGAAGGAGACCCAAGAGCAGCUGCUUAGAUACCAGUUGGCAGGACAAGAUCAGCGGCUGAUGCUCUGCCCAAACCUGCCCAGACAAGAGGAGCAGAAGUUGCAGGGUCAGAGUUGUCUGAGCAAGGCCAGCAGCAACUUGGGACUUUCCUAAGAGAAGAAAUUCUGUGGUGCCAUUGAGGCAUUGUUCCUUCAUUUAGUACAUCCAGAGACCAUUCGGGAGCAGCUGUGA